AUGUCUGCCUCUCGCCUCCACCCAGACUCCUCCAUCCUCAUUGUAGGAGCCGGAACGUGGGGAUGUUCAACAGCUCUGCAUCUCGCUCGUCGAGGAUACAAACAUGUUACCGUGCUGGAUCCCCAUCCGGUGCCAUCGCCCAUUGCGGCGGGAAAUGACAUCAACAAGAUCAUGGAGCAUAGAGAGCUUAAGCAAAGCGACAACUCAGCCUGGAGCAUCGCCUUCUCUACCUGCACUAGGGCAGCGUUGAAAGCCUGGCGAACAGACCCUGUCUUCCAGCCGUACUUCCACGAGACCGGCUUCAUCAUCUCCGGGCACACGCCAGCCCUCAUCCGACACAUCGAAGAGUCAGACAUCAAUCCCUCCAGAGGCGACUUUGUCAAGCUCGACACCGCCGAGGACUUUCGCAAAACGAUGCCUCCGGGCGUACUGACGGGCGAGUUCCCCGGCUGGAAGGGGUGGCUCAACAAAACCGGCGCCGGCUGGAUCCACGCCAAAAAGGCCAUGGUGGCCGCGUACACCGAGGCGCGCCGUCUCGGGGUGACCUUCAUCACAGGCUCGCCACACGGCAACGUAGUCUCGCUCGUCUACGAGCACGGCGACGUGGCCGGCGCGCAGACCGCCGACGGCAUCGUCCACCGCGCCGACCACACCAUCCUCGCCGCCGGCGCGGCCAGCGACCGUCUCCUGGACUUCCAGAACCAGCUGCGUCCGACGGCCUGGACGCUCUGCCAUAUCCGCAUGACGCCCGAGGAGGCGCAGCAGUACCGCAACCUGCCGGUGCUGUUCAACAUCGCCAAGGGCUUCUUCAUGGAGCCCGACGAGGACUGCCACGAGUUGAAGAUCUGCGACGAGCACCCAGGCUACUGCAACUUCGUGCCGGACCCGCGCCACGGCGGCCAGCUGCGCAGCGUGCCCUUUGCGAAGCACCAGAUCCCGCUGGCGGCUGAGGCACGCGCACGCGACUUCUUGCGGGACACGAUGCCGCAUCUGGCGGAUCGGCUACUGGCCUUUGCGCGCAUCUGCUGGGACGCCGAUACCCCGGAUCGGGCGUUUCUGAUCGACCGGCACCCUGAGCAUCGGUCACUGUUGGUGGCUGUUGGCGGGUCGGGCAAUGGUGCCAUGCAGAUGCCGACGAUUGGAGGGUUCAUCGCGGAUGCGCUGGAGGGCCGGUUGCAGGAGGAGGUGAAGCCGGCCGUGCGGUGGCGGCCGGAGACGGCGGUGCACCGCGACUGGAGAGAUACGCAGAACCGGUUUGGAGGCCCGAAUCGGGUGAUGGACUUUCAGGAUGUCGGGGACAAUGAAUGGACUUGCGUGGGGAGCGAAAGCCGGCUGUAG